AUGCCAAUACUGACAUUAAUUAUUGAAUGGAAUGAUAAAAAAAAUUGUAUUUUUUCUGAAUUAUCAAAAAUACAUGGAGAAAUUUGGAUGUAUACAUCAUAUUCUUUAGAAAACUCUGCAAUUGUCGAGACUACACCUAAUGUUGUAAUGUUUAAAGCAAGCCCUCCAGCUAAUUGUGAUAGAAAUGUUUUUGCUACAUGCAAACUGUUUAAAGAGGAUAUUCUUUCCGGAUACAAUAAACGUCUCGACUUAGUUGCUGAUGAUAUUACACAUUCAAUGAAGCAAUGGGAAUACAUGGAAUAA